AUGGGUAUGGGUGGCGGUAGGGCCCCGCAGCCGGGGUACGAUAUUAUCAACUGUGACAACUCUGGCGAAUUCGGACAUAUGCCACGUCCAUCCAAAGAUGGAGAUACAGACCUAAUUCCCGAAGGCUUAGAGCAUCCAGACCAGGAUGCCGAUGACAUUCUAACCCUAGACAACCCCGAUGGCCCGGUACCUAUGAGGCGUGCAUAUAAAUUGCCAGGAAGUGCUGAUAAUACACCAACUAGAAGAGCUAGUGCACCAACACCUGAGCAAAAUAUCCGUCCACGAUCAGGGAGAGCAAGUUUUCCAUCAGGAGGGAGAGACAGUGCUCCACAACCUGGAGGAGCCACUGCUCGACACCCUAGUGGGAGUGGUGUUCCACAUCCAGAGGGGCCUAGUGAAGCUAUGGGCAACACAGAUUCAAGAAUUCCAAUUAUUGGCGAGCAUCUGAGAUAUCCCGGUAAUUUCACUCCACUGGCAGACGUAACUAUGGACCGGAGUUUGGCAAAAUUGCAUCGUGGAAAACGAUGCAUCGAACUGCGCCCGGAAGAAAACACGAACCCCGAUGUAAUACAGGCUACUAAGUGGACUGGCUAUCAUAUAUUUGAACCCAAAGCGCCGAACACAUUGUUCUGCAGUGUGAUCAUGAAAAACGGGCUUACUGCAGUCAUGGUAAAUUCUGAAGUUGUGAAAAGCUACGUUGUGGUUGAGAAGACACGCUACGGAAACAUACUGUCGCUUUUCACGGUAGACGGUAAGGGAGAACCAUCGGUGACGCAACUGGUCGAAGCUAACGGCUCGAAGAAGUAUUGCCUGAACGAUAACUACUGGGGUCUCAUGAAAGGCAUUUACGAACUCAAUAAAUAUACCCUACCUGUUGCAGCCAAGGUCUAG